AGCUAAGAGCAAAUCACAUUUCCAGUCGAUUCAGUUCAGUUUAAAGUUUGACCCAGACUACAUCGUACCAUGUCGAGUAAAAUUAUAUUUCUGUUUUUUCUUGUUUUUAUUCAACACUGUACAGACAUUAACUGUUCCAAGGGAUUGGGCAAUAUUAGAGAGGACUACUGCGAAAUAUAUUUGGGUGAAUUUGGCGAAGACAGAACAUGCUCAAUCGCUAAUAAUAUAGUAACCACUGAAGAUUAUCAAAUGAAAUUAGUUUUUCUUAAGCUACAAAUCAAUUGGACAAGCCCAGUGUUUCACCGCUGGAAUAUUUUAAAAAUAUCUAAUGAAACUAAUAACGAACUUGUUACGAUUUCUGUGCUUGGAAUUCGAAGUGAAGUCGAUAUGAGAAUAAGCCCUGCCGUACAAUACCUAAGCCUACUUGGCAUUCAAGAAAUUAGUGGUUACGAUAUUUACCUUCCAUCCGUGCUGAUAACUGAGAUGGAUGUACAUCACGUAAAUGGACCGAAAAUGGUAACUUUUAAAUAUUUAUAUGACAGUCCAGACAAUUCUGUGAUUACAAACAAUUACAUUCGGAAGACCAUGAACAGCACCGAGAAAAUCAAAAUUUAUUAUCUUAACACUUUUGAAAAAACAACACUAACAAUGGAGGAAAAUAUUUUUCAUGGCAAAGAUAAGCUGAGUGCAGUAAUAUUUACUGGUUUAAAAAUAGAAGGUUUGACGGAUAAAACCUUUGAAAAUGUAACAAGUUUGAGUACCCUUAUUUUCGAUUAUGUCGUUCUAAAAGAUCUUUCAUUUUUGAGAUCUCCUACGCUUCAGGCAUCAUUAAAAUAUUGCAUUAUGAAGGUUGAGAAUACGGUUGACUUAAAGAGCUUUGCAAAAUUCACGAAUCUUGAAAUUAUAGAAGUGAACCGAUACAAAGCAUUUAAAAGUCUUACUGCUUUCAUAUGUGAAACAUAUAAAAGUCACUGUAAAUUUACAUUAGGAAUUAAUGGAGUUGCAUGCCCCUUAAAAUGCAAUUGCUCAUAUAAUCGAGACAAGUCCCAGUUAGAAAUUGAUUGUUGGCAGAAAAAUCUCACAACUAUUCCAUUGCUACCAAUUCCGAAAAAAGGAAAUUCAGCUCUGGUGUUUCAGAGCAACCUGCUCACUGAACUCCCCUAUAAUUCAUUGGAGGGUUAUCGGAACAUAAAAAGCUUGGACGUGUCAUACAACCAACUAACUAGUCUAAGCAUAAGCCAACUGCCUGAAAGUCUUCACUAUCUGGACAUCAGACAUAAUAAGAUCACUACUCUAAGCCCAGAGGUUGUUGAAUAUCUAUACAGUGUUAAUAUUUUUAAUCAGUUUGGCAACAAAUGGAUUAUCUACUGCGAUGAAUAUCACUUACAAGAAUUUUUUUGGUAUAAAGCAAAAUUGUUACGGAUAAAAACAUCCAAAUUUGAGACAAUAAUGGAAUAUAUUGAAUUAAGUGCAAAAGGCUCAUUUGUGGAAAAUUUCUUUGUUGAGAAUAUAGAUCUUUUAUACAAAGAAGCAAAUGAAGAUGAAAUAAUAGACGCCUUUGGCCAUUCGGAUAAAUACUUUAAUUUAAAGUUAAUGGAAGCUUUAAAUCACGCCAUUUGGCUGUUUUCUGGGGAGUUCGAUGAAAUUAUCCUCCACCAUCUCAACGCGCCCUGUCCUUACAGGUGCUCUUGUUGUUUCGAACGGCUUACAGAUGAAUUCCUCAUAAAUUGCCAGAAUUUGUCUCUUGACUCUUAUCCAAGGCUGCCGAACUCGAUUCCGUACAACACGACCUUAUAUCUUGAUGCAAAUGAAAUAACAAAACUGACUAAUACCGAAUCUGUAAUCGUUUCUGGUCAUGCAUCGAUACAGAAAUUGCAUAUGGCCCAAAACCUGUUAAGAGAACUUCCGCUUCACCUGCUCCCAGAAAAUAUAACGUACCUCGAUGUACGCAAUAAUCUAUUAAAGUAUAUGGAUGAUGGUGUGAUAGCCUUCCUUGAAUAUCGGGAGAACAUUACUAAGAUAGAACUUUCUGGGAACCCAUGGGAAUGUAAUUGUAAGGCAAAGGCCUUUCUAUCUUUUCUCAGGAAGCACGAGCCGAUGGAAUACGAUGCAGUCCUGCGCCGCGUUGAAAUAACUCAGGAUAUGUGUCCUGAGGACUGCAUUUGCUGCGUCGACACCUCCAAUCCCGACUCGCUCGCACUUAUGGUCGACUGCAGUGGAAAGGAGCUAAGCGAAAUACCACCAUUACCUACGCCAACAUAUGGACAAACAACGCUCGUGUUUGAAAGGAAUAGUCUCAAGAAAUGGCCAUCCAGCUUGCUACCAGGAUACUCAAGUUUGACCCGAUUUUAUUUGGCCAACAACAGACUUUCCGAUAUUGAUCAACUACCAGACAAUCUUGAAUACCUGGACAUCAGUAACAAUAAUUUCUCUGCUCUCGACGACCGAGUACGGGGAUUUCUUCAGAAAAGAAUGAAUUCCUCCCAGCUGCAACUUUCACUCUUUGGAAAUCCGUGGACUUGCAGAUGCGAAGAGAAGGACUUUCUGGUAUUCGUAAAGGAGCAAGCGAAAAAUAUCGCAAAUGCCUCAGCUAUUCAAUGUAGUGAUACAGGAAGAUCGUUGAUUGAAGUCGAAGAGACAGAUAUAUGCCCCUCGGUCCUUAUCUACUAUACCUCCCUUGCCGUCUCUUUGCUGAUCAUCGCCUUGUCAAUUAACUUCUUUAUCUGCUUCAGGCAACCCAUAAUGAUCUGGUUCUACGAACACGAAAUAUGCCUCAGUUUGGCCGCCCGACGGGAACUCGACGAAGACAAGAAAUACGAUGCAUUCCUAUCAUUCACCCACAAGGACGAGGAUCUUAUUGAAGAGUUCGUGGAUCGACUGGAGAACGGCAGGCACAAGUUUAGACUAUGCUUCUACCUGCGAGAUUGGCUGGUGGGGGAAUCCAUUCCCGAUUGCAUUAACCAAUCUGUCAAGGGCUCAAGGCGCAUUAUCAUCCUGAUGACGAAGAACUUCCUGAAGUCCACCUGGGGUCGCCUCGAGUUCAGACUGGCGCUGCAUGCAACAUCGAGGGAUCGGUGCAAGCGAUUGAUCGUUGUCCUUUAUCCUGAUGUUGAAAAUUUCGAUGAUCUAGACAGCGAGUUGAGGGCGUACAUGGUGCUUAAUACCUAUCUGGAAAGAAAUAAUCCAAACUUCUGGAACAAGCUAAUGUAUUCGAUGCCGCAUGCCAGGCAUUUGAAGAGAAGUCUUUCAGAUGCAGAAACAAAGGUAUAAGAAAAAAAUAUUCACUUAUGUUAUUAAAAAUAUAUUGGAUUUUCGAUCAAAUCUGACAAAA